AUGGAGGCUCUGAUACCUGUAAUAAAUAAGCUUCAGGAUGUUUUCAAUACUAUUGGAGCAGAUGUCAUUCAGUUGCCUCAGAUUGUCGUAUUGGGAACGCAGAGUUCUGGUAAGUCAUCAGUCAUCGAAAGCUUGGUAGGCCGUUCAUUCCUGCCCCGCGGGACUGGAAUCGUAACACGACGACCCUUGGUGCUCCAAUUGGUCUACUCGCCAAAAGACGACCGGGAGAACCGCAACGCUGAAAAUGGAACACUUGACGUUGAAGAAUGGGCUACCUUCUUGCACGACAAGCACAGGAUCUUCAGAAACUUUGACGAUGUUCGUCGCGAAAUCGAAAAAGAAACCGAGCGCAUGGCUGGCGGGAACAAGGGAAUUUGCCCCGAGCCAAUCAACCUGAAAAUAUUCUCCCCCAAAGUCGUCAACCUGACGCUCAUUGACUUGCCGGGCAUCACCAAAGUCCCCGUCGGGGACCAGCCAGAGGAUAUCGAGUCUCAGAUUCGCCAGUUGGUACUUAAGUAUAUUUGUAAUCCUAAUUCUAUUAUUCUCGCUGUGGUCACCGCGAACACUGACAUGGCCACCAGCGAGAGCUUGAAGUUCAGCAAAGAUGUUGACCCGGAUGGAAGACGCACUCUUGCUGUUGUUACUAAGCUGGAUCUUAUGGAUGCAGGUACUGAUGCCAUAGAGAUACUUUGUGGACGUGUAAUACCAGUUAAACUUGGUAUCAUUGGUGUAGUUAAUAGAUCCCAACAAGAUAUUAUUAAUAAUAAAACUAUUGAAGAGGCAUUGAAAGAUGAAUCAAUGUUUUUACAAAGAAAGUAUCCGACUUUAGCUAAUAGAAAUGGUACUCCGUAUUUAGCUAAGACUCUUAAUCGUUUACUUAUGCAUCAUAUUCGCGAUUGUUUACCUGAAUUAAAGACGCGUGUAAAUGUAAUGAUUUCUCAAUACCAAACACUACUAAAUUCCUACGGUGAAGAUGUAUCAGACAAGAGCCAAACACUCUUGCGAAUAAUUAUGAAAUUCGCGAGCAGUUAUUGCUCGACAAUUGAAGGCACAGCACGUAACAUAGAAACAACGGCGCUUUGCGGUGGAGCACGUAUCUGUUAUGUGUUUCAUGUUUUAUUCAAAGAAGCCUUGGACGGUAUUCAUCCGCUCGGCGGUCUCACCAAAAUGGACAUUCUCACUGCCAUAAGAAACGCGACGGGUCCAAGACCGGCGUUGUUUGUACCUGAAGUCUCCUUCGAGUUGCUAGUCAAGAGGCAAAUCCGCCGCUUGGAGGACCCGUCAUUGAGGUGCGUUGAACUGGUCCACAGAGAGAUGCAGGAGAUUGUUCAGCACUGUGGUACUGAAGUUCAUCAUGAAAUGCUGCGUUUUCCUAAGUUGUACGAACGUAUUGUUGAUACUGUAACUCAAUUGUUGCGUAAACGGUUACCUACUACUAAUUCAAUGGUGAAAAAUCUUGUUGCUAUUGAAUUGGCUUAUAUUAAUACAAAACACCCGGAUUUUAACAAAGAAGCGGCUUUAGUUUCUUCGUUAUUAAAAUCGACAGACAUUGAUAGUAUGAAGCAUAGUCGUAAAAAUGGAACACUUGCCAAUGCUUCUAAUACUUCUGUAACACCUGUUGGAAUGAAUAAAAUGGUAAACAACAAAGAAGAAUUAUUGGGUAUUGUGGAGCAGAGUAACAAAGAGCAAAGUCAAAAUCACUGGUUGCUGAGUAAUUUACUGCCUCAAGGCAGGACAGACUCAUCCAGUACAACUGAAAAUUCUCCAGUGAGAACUCGCGACGGCGCUAAAUCCCCAGGAUCUAUGCAAGGCAGUGAUGUAAUCAACAACGUCGAGGAUUGGCAGCAGAAAAAUUCACAACAGAAAGCUGUUAAUCUGCUUUCCGAAGUACCCGCUCAAACGAAUAAUAAUCGUAAACUCAGCGAACGAGAACAAAGAGACUGCGAUGUAAUUGAGAGACUCAUCAAGUCGUAUUUCUUCAUUGUCCGCAAGUCUAUUCAGGACAGUGUACCAAAGGCUGUCAUGCAUUUUCUUGUUAAUUUUGUUAGAGACAAUUUACAAAGCGAGUUAGUAACGCAUUUGUACAAAACGGAUCAAGCUGAAGCAUUAUUAAAUGAAAGCGAACACAUUGCCGUUAGACGUAAAGAAACUAGUGACAUGCUAGAGGCAUUGACACAAGCAGGCAAUAUAAUUAGUGAAAUCCGUGAAACGCACAUGUGGUAA